AAACAACAACACAUCCACUCUUUGACAACACUUUCAAUUGAUUGCAAUCCAUAUAAUGAUGGGUCAGAAGCCCUCAUCGAUGUCUUCACCAUCAAGUCCUGAACACAUCAUCUUUGACUUCGACAGAGACAUAACUGUGACCAGACAUCAGCGGUUUAAACAUCCGAGCGCCGCCUUCUUCCACAUCAUAUUCAAGAUGUCAUCGAUUGUCACCUAUUUGUUUGGCGGUCUCUUCGGCCAGGACUUUCUGUCAAUAUUUGUUUUAUUGAUUUUAUUGAUAUCAAUGGACUUCUGGACCGUAAAGAACGUGACGGGAAGGCUAUUAGUGGGUCUUCGGUGGUGGAAUCGCAUCGAUGACGAGGGUAACAGUCAGUGGCUCUUUGAGAACAAAUACAAGAAAGACAACAACAGCGACGACUCAAUCAAAGACUUGAAUCAAUUGUCUGAAAAUACGGCCGAUUCGACCAUCUUC